AUGGCUGAAGUUGUCCGAUUAUCGGCGACGUCGGUUCAAGCCCUUCGAGUUUCUUCUUCCUUCACCUCCUUUGCCACGGCUCUCAAUUCUCUGCAACCUUGUUUACCUCCAAAUUCGAAUCUGAAUUCUGACAAGAGAUUGCGUCUUGUCUCAUCUUCUCCCUCUUGCUCUUUUUCUCAUUACCCAUCUUCUGGUCUCGGAACCCAUAGCCUAGUUAGACGACCCAAGAGCCAGGUGGUCCGCGUCAAGGUAGAUGAAACUGUAUCCGAGACAGAGCCACCGAAAUGGUGGGAGAGGAAUGCUCCAAACAUGGUUGACAUUCAUUCUACUGAAGAAUUCUUGAGUGCUUUGAGCGGGGCGGGCGAAAGAUUAGUCAUUGUAGAGUUUUAUGGAACUUGGUGUGCUUCUUGCAGAGCAUUGUUUCCAAAGCUUUGCAAGACGGCGGUGGAAAAUCCGAAUAUAUUGUUCCUCAAAGUAAACUUUGAUGAGAAUAAACCGAUGUGCAAGAGUUUGAACGUCAAAGUACUUCCUUAUUUCCACUUUUAUCGUGGAGCUGAUGGACAGCUUGAGUCCUUCUCAUGUUCUCUUGCUAAGUUUCAGAAGAUUAAAGAUGCCAUCCGACUGCACAAUACAGAUCGUUGCAGCAUUGGUCCAGCCAAGGGACCUGAAGGUUUAACCUUGGAAUCUUUAUCUGCGCAGAAGAAUGCAGCCAAACCAGCGGGAUCAAGUUGA